AUGCGAAUGUUUCUUUUCUUCCUUCCCGUUUUGUAUCGAUUGGCUCUGGCACAGUAUGAGGUAGGCUACAGUAUUCCGAGUGCCACCGUCUCUUUUGAUUCCAGUCGCCGGAUCCCUCUUCGCCUGCUCCAUCUGCCGACUACUGUGCUGCUUUCGUCGAAUGUGCCGCGGUUUCCCUUUUAGAAGAGCGUCUCUGCCUGGGUAACUCUCUUUGGAGACCAUUUUGGCUGCCAGAACGGAGAGAUCCAUUCGAAUGCCAUCAGAAACUGAAAAAUGACUACACAACGGUAAGGUCUCCUUUAGUGAUCGUUUCCCAUAUCUCAUUUCCUAUUUCAGCUGGAACGUCUAGAAGAAGAGCUGGACGGCCAAUUUACGGCGUGUCUGAACGAGAACUCGCAGCCACUUGACAAGAAAACGGUAAGAGAAACGGAGACAAUUGUGACCCUAAUUGGCGGAGAUCCGAGAAAGGGAAAGUGAAAGGGAGCGGCAGAUGACUCAUUCCCUUUUUCUUCUUCUCGUGACGUUUCAUUCUUCCAGAAUGAACAGUGCCAACUUCUGCCACGUCCGCCGAGAUUCUCAUUCAGCCGAACGAUCACGUAUGUGCCGAAUCACUGUUUCACUGGAGUCAAGAGACGAGUGGAGAGACAGUGUGGUCAGCUAGCAAAGUGCUGUACGAGUAUUGAAAAGUAGGUUAUCACCCGUAUCAUCAUUUGUUUAUCUUCGGUGACCUUAUUUAGAUGCAAGUUGCUUACCUCGGAAUCCACCCUCCAAAAAAUGAUCAACACAACGCGAACGAACCUUCGCAAACGGGCGGAAGAUUGUCAAAAGGGCAUGCCGGUCGCUCCGAUCGUUCUGGACGGACUCCUUUUUUCGGAAGACGCCUCUCACGAGCAGACUUGGGCUCCGAAUGGACAUGUAAACGUGCGAUUCACCGAUCAGGCGACGAGUGACGCGUUGCGAGAGGGAAGGAAAGAUGGAUUCGUGAAUGUGAGAUUCAGUACUCAGCAGGAAAAUGAGGAGAAGGCACGCAAACUGCUGAUCCGAUACGGAGACAAGGAGGGCGACGGACUGACUCUCCCGAAACUCUCUUAUCCGCCGACGCAGAGUGCGAAGAAAGACUUUGAGCAGAAGUUCGACGCGGCGAUGAGGAAGACCGAUUCGAUCAAGCAGAGGAUUGAGCAUCUCGACAGAUCGAAGAUUGCCAAGGAGGGCUUCGACUCUCUGAUCGACGCGGCCACGGUUUCCGAGGCCAUCGACAUGGCGCCGCCAAUGGGAACUGUCACUUUACUCGAGUCCAAUGAUAAUGACAUUGUAGUGGAGGAUUUGGGAGAUACGUCUUCUGUAUCCACUUCCCUUGUUUUCGGAUCUUCCUCGGAGUCCGUCACGACAAGUCCCAUCAUUUUCGUGGAAAAGAUUGCGAUUCCACAAGCGAACGGAACUUUCGAAAGGUGCCGAGUAUCCACGACUCUGAGAUUCUCCAAUAUUCUGAAGAUGUUGGGAGAGAACCCAAACUCGAAGGAUUUCAAAGAAGUGAAAGGGUUGGUCGAGAAGUUCGAAGGGAAAUUGAGAGGAAAAGAGCUGAGUGAGGAGCAGAGGAACAAGGCGAAACUGGUAAGGGAAAUAGAUAGAAGGGACGGAUCAUAGGAGUUUGAUUUCUAUUUCAGAUUGAAAAGUCACUGGAAAUGCUCUUGGAGCACUUCGACGACAAUGAUUACAAGAGAGUUGAGAAAGACGCGGAAGCAGUGAUCAAUGAGAUCAGAGACCUUCCGAUCUGCGAAGAAAUCCAUUCGAACGCCACUGUUGUCACUUCUGAAUCCAUCGACGAUGACUCUUCGACAAUGCUCGUGGACGACAACGGAGACAAGUUUAUAAUUCAAAGUAUACAAUAUCUGUUUGGCCUCAACUUCAAUAUCAAUUUGUUUCAGAGGGAGCGACGACGUUGGUUGUUGGCGGGGAGAAGGAGGAAAAGGAAGAAAAGAAAUCGAGAGAGGAAGGGAUUCAGACGUUCAUUUCGGAAGAGUACAAGACUGAAAUCGACGCGUUCCGAAGAGAACACAAUCUUUGGACAAAGCAGAACAGCAAUGUACAUACUUUUUAUCCAAAAACGUUGAAUCCUUCAAGUUUCAGACGACGUUAAUCAAACGAAACGAAACCACUUGCGACAUGUACAUGAGGUGCCGCUCGCAGAUGCAUUUGGCGGUGGACAGCUGCGCCUGGAGGUUCGCCAGUGAUCAGCUUCUCGCCACGAUGGCCGAGUCUGCCGAAAGUCUUUUGUUCAAGGACGACGGCGUCUGCUCUCAGAAAGACGGGGACAAGUUUGUGGAGUUGUACGAGAAUAUGAUCAAGAGGAACGACAAACUGCGCAUCUGUCUGGACGAAAAGAAUGAGGAAUUCGUGAGAACGCUCUCGCCGCUUCCUUUUCAAUCCUUUGUUUUCAGUUCGAGCAGUCCGUCUGUCUGGCAUAUCCAGAACAAAAACGUCAUGAAUACGACGACGCUCUCCGACGCCUUCUGAAUACUUCGUUUGCCUAUUCCAAGUCUCGCGAAUGCUUCCACGACGCGAAUUUGAUUCAGGAGAAGUGCACUCACUUGAGAGACUGUUGUCCGAACUUUGACGAGUAUGUUGUUAUCUGUCGGAUAGGAAACACACAAUAAGAAGGAAUUCUAGAUGCCGCGAAGAGACAUUCGAAGUAGAAAUGGAGAGAACGAUCAUCAACCUGACGGCUAAUAUAAACGAGAUCAAACAGGAAUGCAUCAAGAGAAAGGCCAAGGAAGCGGUGAAGGUAAGAAGUUUCGACGUUUUCAAAAAGACCUCAUCCGUUCAGAACAUCGUCCGCCAACUGCUCCUCAGCUCCGAUUCUGACCACAAACUCGAGGCGAUCGCCCAACUGGGACUGGACAUUUCCCAAGGAGCUCGAGUCGUUCGGAUGGCCAAGUACAGGGCAUAG